GUGUUUGUAAUCUGUACCAAGUCUGUUUUUAAACCUGCUCACGCUAAGGAGCAUUUACAAGCAGGUUCAACUUGAGAUAAACAGUCAGGCACGUCAAAAAGAAGCUUUAAAUAUGAACAUGCUUAUUAUAUUCGCUGAGAAUAGUAGUAGGUCUUGUAAAACCGUUCUAUCUUAGAAGAUUGACUAUACAUUACAUAGUCAUUCACAGUAUAAAGAUGCACGUAAAAUGGUUGAGCAAUUAACUCAUUUCCAGAAAAAACGAAAAGUUAUUAUAUUCCCACAGAUGUGCUUUCCUACGUCAGCAGACGCUGUCUCCUUGCUUUCUACAAUCUCGCCCCUUGAAGGAAUGUUCAACCUCAUCUCUAGAAAGCCAAUCCACAGCCUUUUGAUAGCAAUCCAAUCGGUCAUUACUCCAGUGUCGCAGCAGAUUGUUCAGCAAUACUUCAGUACCGUCAAUCAGAUCAGCUACACGUUCAGUUUUUUCUUCCCUCCCACUUUUUUUCUUCUUCUUUAUUUUGCUUACUUCUACUUAAAACUAAUUCAAAAAACUGUUUCUUAUCCUGCGAUCGAAUCUCUUGCAAGUUGAAGUCCCGCCUCCCUUAAUAUAGGCAUUGCCUCGUAGUCGUAAUAGUGACCGAUCAUCUUUGAUCUGUCUAUGCCCUUUACUUCUCUUCAGAAUUCCGCGUAAAUUCGGGGAUGGUAGUUUGGCGGGGUUCCCGGAUCGUAACAUAGCCGUAUUAGGGUGAAGCUUCUAUGCACAUCUAGGAGGGUCUGUCGCACCAUUCCGCCACUGGAUGUUGUAUAGCGCCCUUCAGUAGCUCAAUAUACUUCGAUAUAUUGGGGGAGGACCCUGAGGGUACGAUUUGUUAGUAUACAUGUAAUGCACAAUUUGGGUCCCAAUUGGUCUGUCAUAGUUUUCUCUUCCUUCGGGUUAAGCAGGUGAUUUUUUGGCAGAUAGACGGAAGCGCCGGGGCUAGCGGUUGUCUCGAGUCUAGAUGUUAUGUGUAUACGAACUGUCACUAUUACUGUCGAUCUGGAUACGUUUGUCUGUAGAUCUGUAAGUCACGCUUAAUGUUGUGCCUGUUCUUCGCUGUAAAUCGUAUCUGGCUUGGUCCGAUUUGCUUGAGAUGACAACGGUGAUCAAUGUCCUGCCCGGCGCUGGUGCGGUUCAGUUUAAGCGUAUGCUUUCAGCGGGGGUCACUUCCGUUCUUGCCUACUCUGGGAAGGUAAGGGAGUUGAUCAGAACCCGAUUUCUAUAUUUGAGGAUGUAUGCAAGUAUGCCUCAGAUGUUGCAAAUAGAAAUACGGAUCAAAGGGUCGCUGCUUCCGCCUGAGUAACGCUAGUGAAAGGGAGUGGGUUCGGAAGUAGUGUUGGGUUCUGAGGGAUCUCUUCUGCCUGAGUAAAACAUUCUGAAAGGGAUGCAAACAGAAGAUCUUAUUGGGUUCUGGGGGGGUUA